AAAACCAUAUGCACUUCGUUACAUUACGCCGGAUGUCAUGCAUUUCAAUUGGAACAUCCCAUUGCGGUUGAAGGCUCCGUUGCGAGACGAACAGCGCAUAUUUAGACAUUUUUCAAACUUUUCCUCGUCUUCAGUCCAGAGUCCGUCGAAGAACAGGAAGUUACCAAACAACAGGAGAUGGAAAUAUGUGGUUUUAGGUAAUGGCUUUAUGGGAUAGCUAGCAACUUGUUGUGAACAAUUACCCAUUACUUAACUUUCUCCAGGAACAUGGGAUCUAAUGGAACCGUGGAAUGCUACAGGUAGCAGCAGUGUUUGUAGAUGGUCGUACAGUUGGAGACUUUGAAUUGGCUUUUCCUUGGCCAGAGAUACUUGGACAAUAUCAAACGUGGAUAUCUACUUUUGUACACAUUUUGCUGGAAGGAUGAAAGCUAUGAAAAGCAACCAUAUCAAUGCUUUGCAUACAGAGCUUCUUUUUUUUUGCUGUUCCGGUAUGGUUGCUUUGGCAUAAAUUUUUACAACACUAGUAGGCCUGUAGCCACCACAACUCUUUCACACAGCCAACCUGGAAAUUAACAGUUGUACAAAGGCGUUGCCCAACCCUAACAUUGCAAACAGCUCAGAGCAAACAUCCCCUUUUACAUAAGAUUUGUUAAAUCAUUAUUGAGACCUGAAUCUUUUUUUUUCAACUUUUUUUUACUCAACACUGCAAUACUCAUCUUUACCAAUGCCUCGAUGGAAAGCUCUGGCGAGCCAGCAUUUACGGUGGUCCAGCCCUGUUGCCCAAGGACUAGCUUUAUGUAUCAUAACGUUUGGCAUCGUACUGCCGUUGUGUUGCCACAGGCUACUAUAUUCCUACUACUACAUUAAAUCGAUGUACUUGAAUGACAUGAGCGAUCAGUUUCUAGCGGAGAGCUACGAGAGAGGGCAGGAGGCUUUGGAAUUCUGGGAGGCAUCACGGUCUACCACUGGGUCGGCUGGCUUUUCCAACAUCGCUAAGGGAUCCGAGCUAUUGAUCACUGUGGUAACGGCCAGGCGAACGGAGGGCAAGGAAUUUCACUACCUGCUUCAAGUGAUGCAGCGGCUGGUGUCCCUCCUGAGAGGAUGCGGCGAGGGGCAGCGUUGCGCCGAAGUGCUGGUGUGCGAUGUGGAAAGCGGUCCCCUGGACAACGAGGAUGCGGCGCUACUGGAGAGCCAGUUCCUGGUGGUGCGGAGGUCCCUGGAGGAGCAGUGGAAGAACCAGGCUCACGUCAACACCUUUGAGAAGGAGAAGAGGGACUACGUCUACUGUCUACGCAAAGGAUGGGAGCUGGCAAGGCCCAAAAACUUGAUGGUCCUCGAGGACGACGCACUACCCAGGGCAGACUUCUUUGCCGUGAUCCGAGAUUUGCUCUCGCGGCGCUUCGCCCUCCACACUCUCUACGUCAAGCUCUACCACCCGGAGAGGCUGCAGCGCUACUGGAACCCCGAACCCUACCGCAUCCUGGAAUGGGUGGGACUUGGACUAGUCGGGGCUACCGCACUCCUCCUAAUCCUUAGUCACGGUACACCUUUCUCUUUCUCCCUCUCCACCACCCACCUCCUCUUCCUUACCUUGUACAUCAUGGUCGCCGUAGAGCUGGCCGGUCGGCAUUACCUACUCGAGGCACGGCGCUUAUCGCCGCAGCUCUACGCCGUGUCCCCGGCGACCGAGUGCUGCACACCUGCCAUGCUGUUUCCGGGUAACUCAUCACUCAGGGCGGCGGAGUACCUGGACGGAUCAUUCUGCGUCAAGGGCAAUGCUAAGGACAUGGUUCUGUAUCAGAUGGCUCGGACUAUAACCGGAGAGAGAGCGCACAGCAUAGAGCCCAACCUGGUCUCCCACAUCGGGGCUUUCUCCUCAGUCAGGGCCAACCCAUCCAGGCCUAGACUUCUUUGAGGAACAACUGAAAAGAGAUUUGAGGCUGCGUCCCAGAUUGCUCUCUAUUCCCUAUAUAGUGCACUAUUAGGGCCAAUAGAGCUCUGGUCAAAAGUAGUGCAUGUAGGGAAUAGGGUGCCAUUUAAUCAGAGUUGGAGACAAUUCCAUUUCACCUCACGAAGUAAACUGAAUUGACUGAAUUUAAAUGGAAUUUACUCUAAUCCUUUGAUAAAUAUGACUGAAUAUCACCAUACAGGGUUACCUAACACUCCAAAUGGAUACAUGGCACUAUGCUAGCAUCCCUGACAUAUUCCCAAAUCCAACCAAUGGUGCCUGUAAUGAUAGUCCUUGAUGGAUAUUGAAGGUCUUUCUCCAGCCUACUGUAAGAUUUUACCCAUCUAAAUGGAUCUAUUUAACCCAUCUAGGCAAGAUCUAUUUCUCUUAUGCAAUAUUUGGGUACACUCCACACACAUUGGGUACACUUUGGAAUACAGUAUGUUCUAUGUUGGCAUAACCAUGUACUGCAUAUCCCCUGAAGGUUCAAAUGAGAUGUAUCAUGUAAAAUACCAAAGCGUGUUGCUGUAGUUGUUGAACUAAGGCUAAUGAUAAUCAAAGGAUUAACAACUUCAAUAGGUUGUUAAAAUCUAAUUUAACCAUUGGACAAUGGCAAUAUUGCUGGACUGUGACACUUUGAAUGUCUGACACUUUGAAUGUCUGAAAGAAAAACAAUUAAAUAUACUGUUUAACCCUUAGUGUUUAUUUCGUGAUUUGAUGCUGUGUGCUUACAUCAUACAUGCUGUACACUGAGUGUACAAAAUGUUUGGAACAGGUGCUCUUUCCAUGACAUAGACUGACCAGGUUAAUCCAUGUGAAUGCUGCUGGGUUUUUCA